AUGCCCAAUCCAGUCCAGGUCGCGACCAAGCGCAUUGCCGAGCCAAAGAUUGGCGAAAACGGUUAUGCAGGCUUUCAACCAGGAAAAAGCGAAGUCAUCAAAGCUGGAACUCGGCCUUUUGACGGCAAAGCACUCACCAGCGACAUCCAGAUCGACCAUGAUGUAGAGAUUCGAGUGCGCGAUGGCGCACGUUUGUACAUCGACGUAUAUCGGCCAGCAAACUCAACAGAAAAAGUGCCCGCUGUCCUUAGUUGGUCCUUCUAUGGAAAAAAGUAUAGCGCCAUGGACAUGCUGCCGAUGUGCGUUUGGAACUGCUGUGUACCCAAGAGCGACCUAAGCGGACUAGAGAAAUUCGAAGGCUUAGAUCCUGCAGAUUGGUGUCCCAAGGGUUAUGCGAUAAUCAGUGUUGACACCAGAGGAGCAGGCAACAGUGAUGGUCAAAUCUGCGUCAUGGGCUCCCAGGACGCAGAGGACGGCUAUGAUGUUGUCGAGGCCGUUGCAAAGAUGGACUGGUGUAAUGGUAACGUUGGUAUGGCUGGUAACUCAGCACUGGCCAUCGCACAGUGGUUUAUCGCAGCCCAAAGACCACCGAGCUUGAAAGCGAUUGCUCCUUGGGAGGGAAUGGGAGAUAUGUAUCGAGAACAGUUCUGUCGAGGUGGCUGGUUCUUCAUGAGCAAUUUCGAUCUUAUCGCAAAGGCAAUUGUUCGAGGUCAGCCAAACGCUGGUCUUGAAGAUUUCGACGCCAUGUACCGCCGUUCACCCACUCAAAACAUCUACUGGGAAGACAAGCGGGUGGAUAUGACAAAGAUCCAAUGUCCAGUUUUCAUUCGAGGCUCCGAUGUCAGUGGAAUCCAUACGAUGGGCUCAAUACGCGGCUGGCUCGAAAUUCCUCAUAAUAACAAGUGGAUAUGGUGGGGGAGCAAACAGGAAUGGUAUGAACUAUAUUCCGAGAAAGAGUCCAUGGUGGAGUUAGGAAAAUUCUUCGAUCGCUACCUACGAGAAGAAAAGAAUGACUGGGAGACGAGUACGCCGAAGGUCCGAUGGUCGGCUCUCCAAUUCGGCAACAGAGAGGCAAUUGACGAUAUUGUACUCGAGGAUUUCCCAGCUCCAUCCACUGAAUAUCGGAAAUUGUUCCUUGAUGGUACUAGUGGAAAGCUGGCUACGACCAAACCCUCGACAGAAUCAUCGAAAUCCUACAACUCCGAAGACUUCAAGAGUUUUGCAGAAUUCAGCUACACCUUCGAAAAUGCGAGUCGCCUGAUCGGACUUCCGAAAGCAGUUGUGUAUCUGUCUUGUGAGGCAUUAGAUGAUUUCACCGUUUUUGCAAUUCUAAGAAAGAAGGAUAAAGAUGGAAAGGAACUGAUGCACCUCAAUUUUCCAUUCCACGCAACACCCGUGAAGACUAUUGAAGAAAUUCCCGAAAAAGAGCAAGCCACUUUGAACCUGCAUUUAGGAUCUGUCGGUAUCUUGCGCGCUUCACAGCGAGCGAUUGAUGAGUCAAGAAGUAUUCAUCCGCAAUUUCCUUUCCAUCCGCACCGAAAGCAGGAUAAGAUCAAGCCUGGCACCAUCGUGAAGCUGGAGAUUGGCAUCUGGGCUAUGGGUGUGGAUUUUGAUGCUGGUGAGACCAUAAGCUUGAGGUUGGGAGGCCAAUAUCCCUCACUUGCAGAGUUCACGAGUUUCUCUGGACCAAGACCGGAUCACGAGUUGAACAAAGGGACACAUACCAUUCACACUGGACCAGAGUACCCCAGUCACUUGAUCUUGCCCUUUAUUUGA